GACGGGUUGAAAGACGCGGAUUUGUUAAAAUGUGAGGGAAAAUGUGUAUGAUUCUUGCUAUAUAUUUAUAAAUGGUUCCUCCUUCUAUCAUUGAAGCAGGAUGAAAUUAGAGUUGGUCACGUAUUUAACGUUAAUGGUGCUCUCUGGGAUCUGUAUUCACAGUGUUCUAGGCCGGAAAAAACGACGCGAAAAACCUGUGGUCUGUGAGCCAGGCACGAACACCUUUUAUCACAGUCAAGCGGAAAAAUGUUUAGAAUGUGACAAAUGUAACGAAGGUUACUCGCUGGUCCCCUUGCAGGAAUACAACCUUAAAAUGGACCCUGUUCAUGGAGCUUUGAACUGUUUGCCGUGCAGAAAGUGUUUACCAGGAACAUACAACGACAGACGGACUUUCGAGCUAACCUGUAGAACUUGUAGAAAUUGUACAGCUCUUAGAAAAAUAGAAGAAAGCCCAUGUACACCUACUGCUAAUGCUAUAUGUGGGGAUGAUAUAGAAUUUCCAAGCACACAACGAAUGAAAGUUUCAGUAGAUGAGCUAAGAGUUGAUACCAUGCCAUAUCAAGGUCUGACACCCCAGACUGUGUUACUAGUCAUUAUCAUGAGUCUUCUAGGAUUUCUCAUUCUUUUCUUCACUGCCUUUAUCUUCAUCCGCCGUGCUCAGAAACACAGCAUCAGUGAUCAAAACACAUCGAAAGAAAAGGGCAAGAAGGAAGAAGUUUCCCUUUUGUACCUAAACAACUCUCAAGGAAACGUUUCUGCAAAAUCCAAAUCGACUGACUUGGAAACUAUCAAUAUGACAACAGAAAAUGAGGAAACCCGUCCCAAAGAAAAAAUACAUACCAGAAAAAUUACCUUAGAAAAUGUCAGAAACCAUACAGAGACGGAGAGUAAUAGAACCUUAGUAACAAAUAAACUAUCAGAAUCCACGAUAGAGAAGACACCAAAGCUGUCCAAUAGCAGCUCAUGGUACAUACAUACGUCGGAGAUGCAGUCAGAAUUCCAAGGAACACAAUUUACCAUUGGUUACACGAAUCUCGCUUUAUCUCGUUCGUUAACUUGUCCAUCCUCAGACAAAAGUUCAGAACAAAUUCUGGAAGACGAAUCUAUGGAUAUGUUGUCCGAAUUUUCAUAUGUUUUAGACUGAUGUGUUCAUUGAAAGUCCAGAAUGCAUUUACAGACAAAAAAACUUUACAAUUAUAUAGUAUACUUUAUUGAAAUCUUAUACAUAUUUAUUUAUUGUCCCACACAAGAUACAUGUAUUUUGCUUUCAUGAAAUUUUAUAUGAAAUUAUUACUAAUUUUGUAUGAAAAAUCUCACUAGUAUUUUUAUGUGUAACAGGGAUCAUGUACAGACUUAGUCAAAAUUUAAAUUAAUAGUCAUAUACUUAUUAAUUAUGGGGUUAAACUCAAAAUAUUGAAAGAAAAGGACUUUGAUGAUGAUGGUGCUAUAUUGAAUUUUGGACUGUCCUUAAGGACAAUAUACAUAAAUUGAUUUAAGUGUAAAUUAUUUUGUUAUCCUGGGGCCAGUAGUACUUUUAUGUAGUUUUAGUAUUGUAACAAUUGUCAAGGUGAACGCUUAACCUUUAAUCAUAUCUACUAUAUCUUUGGUGAAUGGAAAAUUUAUUUUUCCUAUUCCAGCUAAUCAUGUUCUUCCAGGAAGAAAUACGAUGAGAUAAUUUUUCAUAUCUUGUCAUUUUAAAAACCUGUUCGAUUAAAAUGAUAAAAUGCAAGAACUUUUUACCUAUAAAUAAUGUUUGCGUAGGAA